AUGGAUUAUCCCAAGUUAACUUGUGGGUUGCAAUCGGUCUUAGUACCGAUGGCACCAAACAAUGAAAAUGCUUUUAACCCUUGUUUUUACACUAUGAUGGUAUCAAUAUUUGCUACAUUCAUGCUUCUAUGGGGAGGGUUUACUUUAUGGCGACAGUGGAAGAAGUUUAAUCGUCCAAAUUACUUGCUUGAUAACGUAGGUUGUGCACAGUACGUACGAGUAGCAUCGGUACUCUUUCAGGUCGUUUUAUUUGCAUACAUAAGUAGCUUUAUCAGUAUACAUGAGAGAUUGGCGGAUCAGAAAAUUAUUGCAUUUGGUUUGUCUAAUGUUGUGAUGCUAUGUGUUAUCUUGCCUUUACAUGUGUUGGAGGUUGUGAGUUCUCCCAUACAGCUAGAUAUAUUACUUGUUUUCUGGCCCUGCUUUAGUGUAUUUGCUAUUUCACUAUAUUUCCAAGACAAUUACACAGAUUGGGUAAUUAUCCAGCUGGUCAAAUCGAUUCUGGUUAUUGAGAUUAUUGUGGUGCUCAAUAGUAUCAACAUAUUCAUAGUGGAAUAUUUCAAAUGGACACCAAGUAGGGAUUUAAUUGAGGAAUACAAAAGAACGGGACGAGCAGACAAAUUAGAAGAACCCAAUAUACUACAACGCCUCACAUUUACGUGGAUGAAUGAGUUAAUCGUCAAUUCCUACAAGAGUAAAACUGUAACAAAUACUGAAUUGCCAAAUACACCAAAAACAAUCUCAACAAUAUAUUCUACCACCAUGUUGGAAAAGCAUUGGAAUAAUGGGAGUUUAUUGGUCAGUUUGUUCAACUCGUUUGGUAAGGGUCUAUUCGUGGCAUUUGGCUAUGAACUAGCGGCUAGAGCACUUAAUUUCACCAGGCCACAGUUGUUAAGAUUUCUUAUUUUAUUUUUUACUAUCAAAAGUCCACCAAUGUUACGUGGAUUAUUGAUUUGUUUGGGGAUUUUUGCAAAUACAGUGGCCCAAAAUGCAUUAAACAACAAAUACAUGUUGAGAAAUUUGGAAAAUAGCUUGAAUAUCAGAAGCUCACUUACAUCUUUGGUUUACAAAAAGACUUUAAAAUUAUCAAGCGAGGCAAGAUUGAAUAGCUCAUCUGGUGACAUCAUCAAUUUGAUGUCAGUUGAUAUCAAUAGAAUUUCGUCUACAAUGACGAAUAUUAGUACCUUGAUUAUCGCUCCCUUUGAUAUAAUUUUAGGGUUGAUAUCUUUGUGGCCAUUAUUAGGGGUAUCUACAUUUGCUGGUUUUGUAGCCAUCGCGGUGGCUUUACCAAUUAACGCAAUCUUGGUCAAGUACAUUACAAGUUGGAACAAAAAACAAAUGAAAUUGAAGGAUGCUAGAACGGGGGUGAUUAAUGAAAUUCUAACAUCAAUCAAAAGUAUCAAGUUAUUCGCAUGGGAGAAACCUAUGUUGGCAAAGUUGUCAGAGGCUAGGAAUGAUCGCGAAUUGAAAAACUUGAUAAAGGUUAGAUUCUACAAUCAGAUUUCAAAUUUUGUUUGGUCUUUGAUACCAAUCUUGAUGAACUUGCUUUGCUUUGGGUCGUAUGUUUUAACACAAAAGAAGCCAUUGACUUCGGAUAUUGUUUUUCCUGCAUUGAGUUUGUUAAAUUUGGUCUCAAGUCCCAUCUUGGAAUUCUCAGAGACCAUAAACUCAUAUAUUGAAGGAAAGGUUGCGUUGGGAAGAGUGCGCAAUUUUUUGGUUAAUGAGGAGCUAGACCCCCACGCAAUAAACAAAGUAGUGGACUCGAAUGAUACGCUGGGAAACGCAGUAGAGAUAAUCAACGCCUCAUUCUAUUGGACCAGACCAAAAUACUACGACGACGGCGAAAACGAGGUAGCUAACUCAAAUGAAUCACAUGCGUUAAAAGAUGUUAAUUUCGAAGCUCCUGUUGGAAGUUUGUCCUGUAUAAUUGGUAAGGUUGGAAGUGGAAAGACGUCUUUGCUAUACGCACUCCUUGGUCAAAUGGUUUGCAUAAAAGGACAUCUACCCAGGAAGCCGAUUGUAAAAGUCCACGGCUCGAUAGCUUAUUGCGCUCAAAGUCCUUGGAUUAUGAAUGCUUCUGUAAAGGAAAACAUUCUAUUUGGAUGUAGAUUUGAUUCUGAAUUUUACAAGUUGACUAUCUCCGCGUGCCAGCUAGAGCAAGACUUGAAGAUUUUACCAGAUGGAGAUGAAACACAAGUCGGGGAGAAAGGGGUCAGUUUGUCUGGUGGACAAAAGGCUAGACUAGCACUCGCGAGAGCAGUAUAUGCCAGAGCGGACAUCUACUUGUUGGAUGAUAUUCUAUCAGCUGUUGAUUCGCAUGUGGGUAGGAAAAUAAUUGACCAAGUUCUAUCCAAAAGUGGAUUGUUGGGUUCUAAAACAAUCAUUUUAUGCACCAAUUCGAUCCUGGUGUUGAAAUAUUCAGACAGUGUCACAAUGAUUGAAAGGGGAAUGAUUAUAGAGUCGGUUCCAUACCUGGAAGUAGAUCAAAAUCAUCAUCCUAAGAUCUACAAUUUGAUCAAGAAUUUUGGGAACGAUUCAGGGGAGAGUUCAUCAGCUAUACCACCACCAUCAUCAAGCGAAUCUGAAUCUUUUGAAAGAGAAUUAACGCCCGGACCUCAAACACCAACGACAUUAAGACGUGCGAGUAUUGAGUCAUUUCAUUGGGAUCCUUUGCAAAAAUUGUUGCCAAAUUUAAAGUCAGGUCUGACUCAAGAAGAGAGCCAAAAGGGAAAGGUUAAAUGGGAAGUUUACAUGGCUUAUAUUAAAGCUUGUUCGAUUGGAGGGGUAUUUGUGUGGAUUUGUUUUAUCAUAAUGUCAAAUCUUCUAUCCAUUGGAAGUAAUUACUGGCUUAAGCAUUGGACUGAAAAGAAUUCAGAGGCUGGUGAAAAUAAGGAUAUUUGGAACUUUCUUAUUGUUUAUGCUGCUUUGGGUGUGGGAGCCACCUUUAUGACAAUUGGGAGAUCUUUAAUAAUGAGGAUGUGGCUUGGUAUAAAUGCAUCUAGAAAGAUCCACAACCUAAUGGCACAGAGAGUCAUGGGUGCUCCUAUGGAGUUUUUUGAAAGGACCCCAGUCGGAAGAAUCAUGAAUCGAUUCACCAAUGAUAUAAACAGGAUUGACGAUGGAAUCCCAGCUAUAUUUCUGGCUUUCGUGUCACAAAUUAGUCGAACUAUAUUCACCCUAAUAGUGGUUAGCUUUGCAAUUCCUGCCUACUUUAUUCUGAUUUUGAUUCUAGGGGCCAUUUACGCUUAUUACGAGGUUUACUACGUCGCCAUCUCAAGAGAGUUAAAAAGGUUGGUCAGUGUUUCGAGGUCUCCAAUAUAUGGUCACUUGGGUGAAAGUUUGAAUGGUAUUGAUACAAUUAGAGCUUAUGGACAGAAUGAUAGAUUUGACUUUAUUAUGAAUAAAGUUGUUGAUUUCAACUUAAAGUCCCAAUACAUGCUCACCUCCAUCAACAGAUGGCUAUUUUUUAGAUUGCAAGUUGUGGGCGGUUUGGCUGUAUUGUCCGCUUCGAUCAUGUUGAUCUUGAGUGUUAAGACUGCACAUCCAUUGACUUCUUCUAUGGCAGGGUUUUUAAUGACCUACGCAUUACAGGUCACAGGAUCUUUAAGAAUAGUGGUGAGGCAAUCGGCCGAAGUAGAAACCAGCAUUGUCGCUGUUGAGCGAUGCUUGGAAUAUACAGAAUUACCAAUGGAGGAGGAUGACAGCAAAAAGAUAAUCACACCGCCAAUUGCUUGGUACAAGUGUGGAGAUAUUCAAUUCAACAACUUUUCUACAAGGUACAGAAAAAAUUUAGAUUUAGUGUUGAAGAAUAUCCAUUUAACUAUUGCUGAGGGUGAGAAGGUAGGAGUUGUUGGCCGAACUGGUGCCGGUAAAAGCUCUCUAGCUUUGGCCAUAUUCCGAAUCAUUGAACCUGUUGAAGGAAAUGUCGAUAUAAAUAGCAUCAACACAAGCGCUAUCUCCUUGUAUGAAUUAAGACAUCGCUUAAGCAUAAUACCUCAAGAUUCUCAGUUAUUUCAAGGUACAAUCAGACAAAACUUGGACCCCUUUAACUAUUAUACCGAUGGUGAAAUUUGGAAUGCCUUGGAUUUGGCCCACUUGAAGGAUCACGUUGCUCAGCUUAAUUCCGAUGACGUUGCCAAAACAGAUGAACAUUAUACAAAAGACGCUCAAGAAUUAACCAGCAACAAACUUUUGCAUAAGGUGAAAGAGGGUGGCUCUAAUUUCUCAGCGGGUCAACGACAGUUAAUGUCACUUGCAAGAGUAUUGUUGAAAAUGAAUGACUCAAAGAUUUUAGUUCUUGAUGAAGCCACCGCUGCAGUUGACGUGGAGACUGACAAAAUCAUUCAAGAAACAAUACGUAAACAAUUUAAGGAUAAGACGAUAGUAACCAUUGCUCAUAGACUAGAAACUGUGAUGGAUAGUGACAAGAUACUAGUUUUGGAUGAAGGGGAGGUAGCGGAGUUUGACUCUCCUCAAAAUCUUUUAGAGUCUAAACAAGGAAUAUUUUAUGGCUUGUGUGAACAAGGGGGUUACUUGUCAUAG